AUGGGCGAUCCGGUAGGACUGGCUGCCAGUGUGCUGGGCCUCGCUCAGACAGCUUGGACGGUGGCGAAAGGUCUGUACAACCUUGCCGACGAGAUAGGCAGCGCCGGCGACGCCGUGCGCGUCUUCGCCAACGAUUUCUGGCUGUUUGUCGAAACCACAAAGGUGCUAGGCGACCUGCUCGACAGUCUACCGUCGUCGGUGGCGGCGUCGAGGCGGACCGAGUCGACGACCGAGGAAUUGCUCGACGUCGCGAUGGACCAAGUCGUCAAACCGUUCGAGACCCUCCUUCGCGAAUUGGAGCCGCUUCUCGUCCGGUGGAGGGACAGUCCCAGUCGGAUGAGACAGCUGGGCCUGCGCAUCCAGUGGGCCUUUAGCUGCAAGAGCAAGAUCCUGUUCUACCACGCCGCGCUCAACGCGCUCAAGGGCAAUGUGUCGCUUCUGCUGCAGGCGUUGUCGCUUCAGAAUACCCCCAAUCCACCGCACGUUCACUUUAUUUUGUGCAGGUCGAUCGCCGACACCAAAUCGGCUUUGCAGGGGACUUCUCGCAACAGAGCUCCAGAGCUGUUGUCGGGGAACGAGGCAAACCGAGAUGGGCGUCUACUACUCGUACCCAACCCGGAGCAAGGACCAGUAUCGCAGCAGGCAGGGAUCGGUCCGAGUGGUCCUCGGCGGCCAAAGUCUGCAUCUCAAGAUAGCAUCCAGCUGUCCACCGACCUGGCGGUCGUCCUUGUUACCGACCCAGACGAGGUCGCCGAGAGUCUGAGCGAGGUGACGCUGCUGGACGCCGAUGGGCCGGGAAGUGCCGAGCAAGAGCAAGAAGAACGUGAGGAGCAACUUGAAGCAUACGCUGCGAUCCGUGCGGUGCAGAAGAAGGUCAUCAGAUUGGCAGACGAAGCAACAACUGCCGCCACGACUCCUGGCCAGACAAGAAAUGUCCUAGAGAGCAGCGAGUCCGGGAGCAUGGAAGACGACUCACUCUCCAAACAAUCAACCAGAACAUCGGCCCAGAGCAGUCCAACCGUCAGCCAGACUCGGCAGAAGAGUGACGACCCCGAGCAACCGCGAGAACCUGCAGGCACAGGGGAAGCACCGAGUACUCGAGACUUGAAUCAAGUCAUCUAUUUCACCGACACCCUAGGUUCAAGUUUCGAGAUACCUUAUAAUCUCGUCCGCACCUGGCAGGCGAUGCAUGCGUUCAUAGCUGCCGACUACGACGAGGUCACUUGGACGGAUUUGUCAGUCUCGGUGGAUCUCAAAUUCGGCGAGAGCGACUUCAGGACCAUGUUGGCAGAAAUGAAAACGGCCACACGCCUAGGUCAGUUCACAGUCGUCUUUGGCGAGACCCGGACCUCCGCGCCCGCUAGGAUGGUCCUCGCGCAUGAGUGGGACUCGCUUGUAAAGCCAGGUUGUAACGUCGAGUUGCGGCUGGACAAGGCUUAUCUCCACCGGUUCAGACGAAGCAAAGACCUCCGGAAACCGUCGCUGAAGAUUAUCAGGUUAGCCACCACGGCAGCUACUCAGGCAGUGUCGAGCGGUCGUGUCCAGGUAGGACGUCAUGGAAGCCAAGAGCUAUCACAUCCAUUGCUGGCGAAUGCCGCCUUGGGAGCAAGCCUGGAUUCAGCUUCGCAGCAGAGGAGAAGUCAGAGAAGCUCCUUUGCAGCCUUCAGGGAUAGACUGGUUGACAUGAAGCGCUCGUAG